UUACAUCGCUGGUGAAAUGGCUCUCUCCAUCCAUGAGGCGCGCGCGAAGUGGUUCCAGCCGUUGAGGUGCACGGGCGUUUGUUUGGUCAAAGCCUGAGUGGACCUGAACGUGAAGACCGCUGCUGCUUUUCCACCAGUCCUCAGACUGCACGCGCCAAAGAUCUGCUGUAGACCACCAAAGAGUGGGACCCAGGGGACCAAAUGAAAAUUCAGCCGCCAGGAAAAGAAACACGCAGGCGCAUUCACACACACACACACACACACACACACACACACACACACACACACUCUCUCUCACACACACAAACACACACACACACACACACACACACACACACAGCUCCUGUCUUCAAAACAACAGGCUCAUGCUGCCAAAAAUAGCAGUUAGUCUACAGGAAUAGAAACAUUUCCUGUGUAUUCCUUUUUGCUGGAUUCCCGUAACUUUGUCUGCGAAAGCUAAGCCAUGCAGUCAUAUGGUCAAGCAGCAUGCAACUCAUUCUAAAGACUCAUUUGUGUUUCCUGUAACAAUGUGCGAUGUCACAUUACAUCUGGAUCACCAUUUAACUCACUUUACAACAAAUUUCUGACACAGCACAAAGCUCUGGGCUGAGAGAUGUGCAUAGCUCAGACCACUGGGUGUCAGACUGAAUUACCAGAAGCACUACAAAGUUGUCGAUCGUGCUGUACUGUUCAAUGUUUCCCAGUAGUCUCCCACCUAUCAUGCUGAGAAUACGUAAAAUAAGCUUUUGUUCAGACCCUGGGAGCGAAUAAAUGUAACAACUCUCUGUGCAUUCAUCAGAUCAUGCCUUCCAGUCUGCACUGCAUGCUGUGUUGUCAGGACAAAACAGUAAACUUGUCUUGUGCUGUGUUUUGGCUCCUUUGAAUCAUGUUAUUUACAAACAUAUUUCAUUCAUAGGAUCAUUGAUUGCUGGUGUUGUGUUGUUUCUUACAGCAUUAUAGGUAAAUCCUUGAAACGGCUAUGCAUGAAAAGCUCAGAACUACAACUGUCCAAGCGAAGCUACAACCAACUUACCUCGCAUAAACUAUUGUGCCACAUUCAUGUCACCUAAGUUAUUUAUUUUGAUCCAUUCCAAUGCUCAGUUGAACAGAUUCCAGUGCAUGAUUUUGCCUUAUCAUGGAUUCGGAUGUUAUCAGUGAGGUGAAACCUCUGUCUCCCAUAGAACAAAACCAGGUCAUGGGUACUACUAGCAGUCCAGAGCUAGCUGAAUGGAGGGAGUGAGGAGGACAGUAAGCAGAUAACCUUUCAGCUAUGUAGUCAGGGGCAGUGUCAUGUAGGGCCUUAUAGAUAAGAAAUAGCAUCUUAUAACUCAGCUAAUCAGUAUAGAUAUUUGAAACUGGAUUUAUGGAGAAGCACAAAUGUAGAUAGUAAGUAGCCAAACAGCUGCAUUUUGCACAGGUUGGGAUGGGAGAACAAUGAGGGGAGCCUUAAUAAUCAAGACGUGUAAAUGUGAGCUUAAGGUGUUCUUAAUCUAAAAAUAUAAGAUAUGACCAAAUACAGGCUAUCUUUCUCAAAUUAAAGAAUGCAGACCAUCAAAUUUUGUUCAAGUCAAACAGAAACGUAUCCACUGAGACUUUUAACCUAUAUAAACUGUCAACAGACAGGGUAACAUAGCUGAGUCAUCAAUGAACAUGAGGCCAAAAAGCUACCUGAAUUUUUUCAGAAUUUAAGGAACCUGCUAUACAUCCACAAAUUAAUCUCCUGCAAACAGUUGUUAAAAUAGAUGGAACAUUAGGCUUUGUGCAGAUGUCCAUAGUAAAACUACUAUGUGACAUGGGUCUGGAAGUGUCCAUGUGAGUGUGAAUAAGCUGUAGUCAUGAAGAGAUGAACUUGGUCAGCAGUUUGAAUGUCACAAUGUUUGGAUGUCUUUCAGUGGGUAUCAGGAAAACAGGCCCUAAAACAAUAUGCCAGGAAAACAUGAGCUCUUGACUCAUGUUGCUUGUACCUAAUUUCAAUUACAUCAGCAUUAUGUAAAAGGAACCUGCAUUCAUCUGACCAUUCAUUUUUGAGGAUGUGAUUUGCUUAGAUGUGGCCUGUCUAUUUGACUGUUUUGACUUAUGUGAUCCAGAAGCUGUUUUCAUCCAUAGGAUAGCCAACUGCUGGCAGUUUCUUGCUUUACAUUUAAAGAAAAUUCUUUUUGAGACCCAUGUAGGCUGAAAGGAUUCUCUCUGCUGAAAAUACCCAUACAAACCAUUCUGUUUCAGCAGGGCCGACGUGUUUUCUUACGUUUUCUUAUUUCCGAGCGGUGGUGGUAUCCAGCACAGCAGCAUGGCGAAUUUUAAUGCAUUGUGGUCUGAGGGAUCGAAGGUCACAGGUAUUCACUUUUGGUUUUUGAUGUUGCCCUUUACACACAGAGAUUUCUCCAGAUCCAGAAACUUCCCCUGAAGUUUUUGAUAUUAUGUACCAUAGAGGAUGAAACACCUAAGAUCUUUGCCAUUUGUUUUUUGAGAAACAUUUGACCACAUUCACCAACCGUUCCUAAGAAGAAAUUUCAGCUUAAAACCCACUUCUGCAGUUUUCACGAUGAUUUUGACACUAUUUGAGAUUUGUUCUGAGGUAGUGUGAUGUAGACUUUUUCUUAGGACCUUUCACAAGAAUGCAUUUAAGGAAAAUCUAGGAAGAUAUUGGCGAAUGAGGCCCAGUGUUCUUAAACUAUUGGAUUGUUCAUUUAUUGCAAUUUUUGGCAGUGUCAAUCCUCGACCUAUACUUGCUAAUGAUCAGGCCUUUCAUGGGUGCUUGAAUGCAUGGGGGAUCAUCCGUUUAACAUCUUUUUCAACAUUUUAUAGAUUUCAUAGUCUUAUGUUGCCUCGUUCACAUUUUUGGAGCAUGUUACAGGCAUCAGGUUUAGAAUGAGCAUAUAUUUCCAAAAAAACAAUGACGCUGAUAAACAUGUUUUUGUACUGAAUUUAUUUAAAAAUGGGUCAAAAUGGAUUUACAAAUCACUGUUUUCUGUUUUUAUUUACAUUUCACAACAUUUUAGGAAGUGAGGUUUGUACAUGUUUUUGUCAGUACAGUACAUGUGAGUCUAAGGUCAUCAAACUUCCAUAGUUCUAUAUUUUUAAAAUAUGGAAUAUGUGCUAAUAGAUAUGACUAUUCAAAUUAAUUCAAAUGCUUUCUAUUUCUUCCUCUUUAAUAAGAUAUGACUCACAGCUCAUGCAUUUCCCUCAAUCGUGUGCUGAGAGAUCCCUAAUGAGCUCACUGUGUAAAAAUCAAUUAUGAGUAUAUGUUCUAUGUGUGUGAGUGUGAGUGUGAAAUCAGCUCAGUGGAGGAGGGAAAUGAGAUCUCCUCUUUAUCUCAUUCAGUGGGAGAUUACCUCCAUAUCGUCAUGGUCUACGCCCACCAUACGAUCAGCAUGUUGGUCAGGCAAUGCGUCUUUCACACCAACUGCAAACUCUGCCUCAUUGCUUGUGUUUGUUGAUGUGAUCAGCAGUAGAAACAGCAUCUUGCCUGUUUUCUACUCUGGAGGGAAUCGGAUGACACUGCAAUAGAACAGCACCGCAAUGACGUAGUGGUGAGUGAAACGUGAUAACGGGGCAAGUUGUCAUUAAAAUGCCCUCUAACUGUUAACCGCACCACUGCAGCAAGUAGUACAGUCCAGAAAUACUUGCUCAGAAUAUCAACUGGGAUUAGCACUUUAUAUAAACAACACUUAUUUUCAAUAAGUAAAUCAUAUAUUCAUUCAAAGGUGCACGGCCACAUGACAGCACAAAUCCAACUGGCUAAUGAUGUGACGUUCCCUCAAGAGAUGGAAGGGUUGUAUCCAUUACAACAACUUCCUAUCCACCCAGAUGCACAGCAUCCUGUGAGUCACAAACACCAGAGGAACACCUACAGAGCAGCUGAUGUCCAAGCAGCACUGGAGAAUCAUAAUUCAUCCCACUUACAUAGGGCCGGAAAGCCUGAGGUGAUUCACUGGUGAGUCAACAGCUAUCAACUAUAAAGCCUCAGCACUGAUGGAGCCUAAGCAUGACACAGCUCUCUCACCUAAAGGUAAGACCUCCCUCUCUCUCUGUACAGCUCUACUGUAUGCUGUAGCUAUUACCUAGGACUAUGGUUGCUUUACUUUGAUACAGAAUUAGUAUCCAGUGCUUAGAUCUGAUCAAAAUAAUCUGAUUUAAUUGAAUUAUUUUGCAAUUAUAUUGAAGUCUAAUCAUUGCAACAUAAUCACAGUGUUGGAUUAGUGUUUUUGGAACCUGGCAGCUGUACAGGAGUUAUGCAAUAACUGUUUAUUCAGGACCAGAGUGUCCUAUAACAGAUUUUGAAAAUCAAAUGUUGACAGAUGAGACACCAGUUACAGAAAACAGAAUUACCAAAUAUUACGGAAUUCGGACACUGAAAUUUGUGGAAAUCAAGACACUAAAAUGGAAGUGUAGUCAUCUUUUUCACUGUUGUUAAAUCUCUAUAUCAAUUAUUCACAAAUGAAUUAUAAAUAAAAUAACUUUGGAUGUUUGCAAAAGAAUUUGGACAGCAUAUAUAAGCAUAGUUUGUAACUGUCAAUCCAGAUAUUAGAAUGAUAUCCAUUUCCCAUCCACAGCACACAGUAGGAAAGAGAUGUUAAAGCACUGUUCGUGUUCCUGCAGGUACUGUUGCACUGCUGGACAGGCACACAGCCACUGACACAAGGAGGAAGUAUGCACUCGUUCCCAGCUCUGCUUUGCUCCUGUGUAGUCAGCAUGCUCACUCUGGGCCAUGGACUUCCUCUCCCACCAGAUGCUGUGAAAAACUAUGUCAAGCUGCAGGCUGAAAACAUCAGCUCCAGAAUCCAGAGGCAUAAAGAUGAGAUGCAGAUAUUCCGUAAAUUGGUCCUGGACAGCCCUGAGUUUCUCCCUGAGCUGCCGUCUGAUAAGCCCAUUGAAGGCCUGAGCUCCAUGGUGGAGACCCUCAACACCUUCCAGAAAGUCCUGCACAGCCUACCCAAAGGCCACGUGAGCCAGCUACAUAGCGAUGUGUCCACACUACAGGGCUACCUGGAGGAGAGGAUGAGGUCCCUGCAGUGUACCCACAGGAAAACAGGCAUCGAGAAGAGCCUGGAGGCCUUCCUGAAGAACAAUGGAACAUAUUACAUCACACUUGGUCAUGUGGCUCUGGACAGACUGCAAAAAUACUUACAAAAACUCGUACGCAACCUAGACCAGCUGAAAACAUGCUAAAAGCCUUCAUCUCCUGGCUGUCCACUAUUUUAUUAUAGUAUUUAUCAUAUUUAUUUAUAAAUGCAUAUUUAUAAGACAAAAGAACUGCUUUUUUACACAAAUGUUUUGAGAUGUGUACAAAAAUGUACUUGUGUAUGUAUUUUAAAUUUUAGGGUUUGAGUGGCCAUUGAAACUGUAAGGGCAAAGAAUCUGCAAAGCAUUCCAAUCUGCAUUAACUUCCACACAUGCGCGCGCACACACUCACACGGCAAGUGCGCUGACCUCACCACCAGCCAAGCAUGCUCAGUGAUGUCAUACAAUCUUACCGGAAGACUUAUGACCGAUCAUGCUGGGAAGCACAAAUCCUCGCUCCCCCUCUCUGGAACACCAGCAUAUAUGAACUACAGACCCUGCACUUUGAUAAUAUGUCUUCUGGGAAUGGUUUAUUAGGGUGAGAUAUAUAAGAUUAUUUGUGACUGUAAAUUAUUUAUUGUAAAUGAUGUCAGUUUUAAAAAUGUGUAUUUUUUAUAUAUUUAGAACUAAAAACUCACUGAAAUAAAAGACAAAGUUACAAGUCAUAAUUGUUUGCAUGUGAUUCCUACAUCCCUACAGCCAACAAUGUAACAAACCCAUCUUAUUUGCAAAUGUUUACAAGGUACAGUAGUUUGUGCACCCCUGAUCAAAUGACACGUUUGUUGAUGUUCUAAAUGA